CAAAUCAUCAAAGAAUGGCAACCUUUGAAUAGAAACAAAAGUGGCAACUCAAUUUCGAAUUUCGAACCAAACAGCUGUCACAAUCCAAAUGUCAACAAUGACAUUUCUAAUUCAGCGCAUUUGCAAAACAAAAGCAGAGCGCAAGUAAAAAUUAAUUUUAUAUCAUUAAAUCAAUAAUUUUGUUAUUAAAAAUCUUCAAAAGCAAAAUUAAUUUAAAAUGCCGUACGAACAACAUCCAGUUGAUCUGGAAGAAAUCGAAAAUGUUCGAGUGGUGGUUCGUUCUCGUCCCAUGGACAAAAUGGAAAUCCAAAAUAGUGCAUUGAAUGUUGUUAAAGUUGAUAAAAUCAAUCGAUCAAUAACUGUAAUUAAGCCAAAUGCAACAAACGAACCACCUAAACAAUAUUUUUUCGAUAAUGUUUUUGGUGAUGAUUCCAGUCAGAUUGACCUUUAUGUGGACACAGCUCGUCCCAUUGUUGAAAAAGUACUCGAAGGUUACAAUGGCACCAUUCUUGCCUAUGGACAAACUGGAACAGGCAAGACCUACACAAUGGCCGGAAAUCCUGAUUCCCCACAGACUAAGGGUAUUAUUCCAAAUGCAUUUGCACACAUUUUCGGUCACAUAGCAAAGGCUAAAGAUAACCAAAAGUUUUUGGUUCGGGUCAGUUACAUGGAAAUCUAUAAUGAAGAAGUUCGAGAUCUCCUUGGGAAAGAUGUAAACAAAAGUCUCGAAGUUAAAGAACGCGCAGAUAUUGGUGUAUUUGUAAAAGAUCUGAGUGGCUAUGUGGUUCAUAAUGCAGAUGAUUUGGAAAACAUUAUGAAAUUGGGAAAUAAAAAUCGUGUUGUUGGAGCAACUAAGAUGAAUCUUGAAUCAUCUCGCUCACAUGCAAUAUUUUCCAUAACUGUUGAGUCGAGUGAGUUGGCUGAUGGAACACAACAUGUUAAAAUGGGUAAACUACAGUUAGUUGAUUUGGCUGGAUCUGAGAGACAAAGCAAAACCCAAGCAACCGGCAUUCGAUUGAAAGAAGCAACUAAAAUCAAUUUGUCGCUUUCGGUGUUGGGAAAUGUCAUAAGUGCAUUGGUCGAUGGAAAGAGUACUCAUAUUCCAUAUAGGAACUCUAAACUUACUAGAUUGUUGCAGGACUCUUUGGGUGGUAACUCAAAAACUGUCAUGUGUGCAACAAUUAGUCCAGCUCAUUCAAAUUACGUUGAAACAAUUUCAACUCUGAGAUAUGCUAGUCGAGCAAAGAGUAUUCAAAAUAAAAUGCAUAUUAAUGAAGAGCCAAAAGAUGCUUUACUUCGUCAUUUCCAAGAAGAAAUUGCACGUUUACGCAAACAAUUGGAAGAAGGUUGUUUCGAACCAUCCGAAUCGGAGGAGGUAUCUGAAAGCGAAUCAUCAGAUAUAUCCAUAGAAGCCGGUGAUGAAGAAGUAACAAAUGGUCAAGUGAAGAAACCCAAAAAGAAAAAGAACUCUGAGAAAUCCGAUGCUGAGAAAGAAGCUUUGGAAAAGAAAGCAAAGGAACGUGAGCGUGAAUUGGAUAGAGCAAAAUCCGAACAAGAACAAUUAAAAUCGAAACUUAUGUCUCUGGAGACAAAGAUAUUGGUUGGCGGCGAAAAUUUCCUUGAAAAAGCUCAGACACAAGAGAAACUGUUGGAGAAUUCGCUUGCAGAAUUGGAAAUGCGAGAAAAAACUGAAGAGGAAUUGAGGAAGUCACUUCAGAAGAAGGAGACUGAACGUAUAGACAUCGAAGAACGUUAUUCAAGUUUGCAAGAUGCCAGUACUGGAAUAACCAAAAAGAUUCAUCGUGUAAUGCAAAUGUUGAUGAGUGUCAAAGCUGAACUGGCCGAUCAACAGCAAGAACAUCAACGCGAGAAAGAAGGAAUUUACGAAAAUAUUCGUAGUUUAUCCAGAGAAUUGGCAUUAUGUGAACUUGUAUUGAAUUCUUAUAUUCCUCAGGAAUAUCAAAUGAUGAUUGGUCAAUAUACUCAUUGGAAUGAAGAUAUUGGUGAAUGGCAAUUAAAAUGCGUUGCUUACACAGGAAAUAAUAUGAGAAAACAUAUUGCUGAUAAUGAACAAAAUGCAAAAGAGUUGGAUUUUGUUGAUUUGUCACAUGUCUAUUUGAGUUAUAAUACUGAAGCUGUUAUAAAUCCUGUUCGUGCCAAGUCGGCAAGACCAAGAACUUCUGGGGUCCCAAGGCCAACUACAGCAAGACGUUACUAGUGAUGCAAACUAAAUUAAUUUAUUUUUGCUAACAAAAAGCACAAUAUUUAGUUUUUGUUUUCUUUAAUUUAAAUUGUGAUAAGUUUUUAGUGUGCAAUUAUUUAUUCUUUAAAGAAAAAUGCUCAAAAAAUUGUUUAAUUUUACAGAAUAAACAGAAAUUUGUUAAAAUAUUUGAUUAAAGUUAAUAGAAAUUUAUUAUCCGAAACAUUCAGUCCGUCAAGUAUUUAAACAUAAUU